UGAUCAUGCAACAAACAGCUGGAAAAUUUUCCCGAGCACUUUGUGCCGACGUGUGUCAAAUAUUCAAGCCGUCUAGGUCGUACAUGGUGUUUUGUUAUGUUUACGCUGUUGUGAAUAAGGGCCAUCUGGCACACAUGAUACAAAUGUAUACCAGUCUUUUUUUAACAGCUUUUAAUAAGUUUUGCAACAUUGUAACGUAAUGAACUAAAAUGGAUUAUGUUGAUAUCAACAGUCGUUUAAAUGUUUACUGUUUUUGUAAACAUUUUUGAGAAAACACGAAAUGCCACCAUUUAAACGUGAUACUCAUAGUUUCUAUAAAUGAUGUAAUUAUUUCAUUUCUUUAUACUUAAACAGUUCAAAUGUCAAGUCCUAAGCUUCGUAUGAUUACAGUAUUUGUCAUCAAUAUAAAGUUAAACUUAUUAUGCUGAUGUGCAAUUAUUGGCAUCAUUGCGUUUUCUAACUAAUUUGCAUGGUUAUAUAUUUUAUUUAAGCGUGUGGAAUAUUUUACAGAUUGUAGGGAAUUGUAAUUGCAAACUUUUCAUUUUAAUCUUGAGGCAAAGCAUGAAUUUUCCUUGUGUAUUCAUUCAUGUAUAUUUGUGAUUUAUUUACACAGACAUUCGCCAACUCUGUUUUCAAAGGUGCCAAAUUUUCUUGUGAUCGUUUUCGCCAUGCAUUGUUGAGAGACUUGCGGAAGAUGGAUGUUCAACAGCUGUAUCUUCAUCUAGGUUCAAAUGACAUUCUUACGAAUGAAGCGGUGUUUUACCGAGAUGUAGCUGACUUGUGCGAUUUGGUGCAUCAGGAGGCGCACAAUCGGUGUCCAGAAUGCAGGGUUAUUUGCUCCAACGAAGACGCUUUGCUGAGCCACUUCUGCAGUCGCCACAUCAAGCAACCAGAGACUGGAAAAGAGAGUAAAAUUAAGCUGAUAGGCUCACCAAUGAUUGCAUCUGCUAAUAAUGAACUCAACGAAGUCAGCUCAAGGAAGUGGAAGGCAUGCUUGGAAAAUAGAAGUUUCCAUUAUGAAGGAACAUACAAACAUUUCCCACCCACCAUGUGGAUCAAGAUGUUUGGGCUGAUGAUUCUGGGUCGUAUGUGUGGACAAGGUGGUCUUCAUUACAUCAUGAUACAGCUGUGUAUUCAACAACAUGUUAACCUGUCCCAGCGGAUGUUGAUGCUCUUAAAUGAUGUUGAGAAAAAUCCAGGACCGGAGUAUUCGUGCAAAUGGAUAUCCUGCAAGGAAGACUUCCACUCCAUAGGACAGCAAGAUGCACAUAUCAUCUCUCAUGUGGUUCAAGAGAAAUGCUGUAGAUGGGGAGACUGUACCAAAGUCCUGAGCUUUAAUAGUCUUGAAAUCCAUGAACUUAAACAUCUCUAUGAUGUGAGUUUAGCACUGUGUAUGAACUGGUGUUGCUUCAUUUUCUGCAUAUCUUUAUCUCAGUCUUCUCUAGUUUUGAUGGUCAAAUACAUAUUGUCUGCCAGUUUUUUUCCCCCAAUACUGCCGUUCAUCGUUUGCUUGCAUCAAGAGUUUUAAAAGAAAUUAAAACUCAUUUGUUUAGUUAGAAUCUUAUGAAAGACUUAAAUGGCCAUGUUUAAUACAAUUGUAUAACAACAUAUACGAGCUAAAAAAAUAGUUGGAAUAAUUAAUGUAUAUAUGAACAUAACAAAUUUACUUAAAAUCA